GCCGGGAGCAGGUGGGGCUCGCGGAAGCAGGGCGUUUAGUCCAGAGGCCCCGAGUUGGCCGAGAGUUGUGCUCGGAAGAGGCCGCAAGUUACAUCUUUGGAAAAGUAAACUCUCAGACCUGGGGAUGGCAGGCGGGACCAGCUCCUCUCUUGAGGUCUAGAGGAGACCCCCUGGGAUGGUCCCUGGAAUUUCUUCACAUGGCUCCUGAAGAAGUGACCGUCACAGUUCGCCUCAUCCGUUCUUUUGAACAUCGGAAUUUCAAACCUGUAGUGUAUCGUGGAGUGAAUUUGGACCAAACUGUAAAGGAAUUUAUAGUAUUUCUAAAGCAAGAUGUCCCCUUAAGGACCAGUCUGCCACCACCAUUCAGAAAUUAUAAAUAUGAUACACUGAAGAUUAUUCAUCAAGCCCAUAAAUCAAAGACAAAUGAACUUGUGUUGAGUUUGGAGGAUGAUGACAGACUCCUGCUGAAAGAAGGCAGCACUCUGAAAGCAGCUGGAAUCGCCAGUGAAACCGAAAUUGCAUUUUUCUGUGAAGAAGAUUAUAAGAACUACAAAGCUAAUCCCAUUUCAUCCUGGUGAAAACAUCUUGGGGGCUUCCUUUUUGCAUACCUGUAUUAAGCUCUUAUUCCACUGCUGAGUUUUGAAAUUGACAAACAAAUCUUAAAAAAUUAAUCCCAGGCUCUACUCUCUGAGCUAAAAUCUGUGAUUUCUUUCUCUCUAGGUCUUUCUUUGCUUCUCUCUUUCUUGUUGUAAAAUGAUAUGAGAAAAACAUUAGAUUUUCUGAAAGUGAAAUAAAUUGUUAUUAAAAAUUA